GCAGUCCUGUGGCAUUUCUCUCUCACCCUCGCCUUCUCGCCCCACUGUACAAAACUGUGCCAGUAGGCCGAGUAUCACACGUGAUUCUUCCUAUUAAUUUUUAUACUCCUGACUACUUCACGCGUCUCCAUUUCUCUUUUUUCAACUCAUCUCAAGUCUUGAAACCGAUUUCGAAAAUUUUCCUCACCACUCAAGUGAAAGUUUGCGUUUUUAAAAAUAAAAUUGUAAAGCAUUACUAUUACUACGACACUUCUAAUUACCUUAAUGUCAUCACACAAUUUAUAAAAAAUAAAUCAUGGACAAGCGAAGAUCUUUCGAUAACGGACUAAUGGAACAGGCUCUGCCCAUCCCAGUUCAACUUUAUCUUUGGCGUCAAUUGAGACCAUUUACUAGAGCGAAGCUCGGAAAAUUACACGAGGCAUCAUGUACAUUCUGCCAAAAUGCGCCCGGGCAUCACGAAAUGAAAGAAGCCAGCACGUCUUUCGAAAAAGUACUCGUUCAAAGUCUUCAUAAUGAAUUAACGCCAUCAUUAAUUGAAAUAUUAAAUACUGUACCACGAUGGCGUUUAAUACAGACAGCAUUACCAUACGUAUUGCAUUCAGCAGCUAAUUUGCUCUACAACAAAAAAGAUUUACAAAAUAUCGGACCAAUAGAAACAACGCUAUUGUAUAUUCUUCAUUGGUUUUUACUUGAUGCCGCUGAAGAAUGUGCUGAAACAGAUUCAGAAUUAGGGAUGCAAAAUAAUCCAUUCUAUUAUCUUUACUCUAUACCAACAAUUACUCUAUUUGUAUACUUGUUUGCUCCGCUGAGCAACCAUAUGAAAGAUAUUGACUUCAAAAGCAACUUGCGGCUUGAAAAUGGAGUUAAAAUUUGGGAACCGAUGAAUGAAUAUCGACAUCCAGAGAACUCGUGUUUUACUGCGCACUGCAGACCUAAGCCGAGGUCUUUGUGGUGGAAAUUUUCGAGAUUAGGAAAGCAGUCGACAGAUAUUUUUUUUGGCUCACGUAAAAAGAAUGAUGAAGAUGACAGUCCACCGAGUCAAACUAUCAGUAUGUGUUUUUCAGAACAAAAUUUGCCGACUAAUAAACAAGAUGAUGAAAAUAACUGGGUUUCGUCGCCAAAAGAUACAGUAUUUCCGGAAACUAUACCUGAAGAAAGUUCAAGUAACGAAGAUGAAAAUGUAAUAUACCGAAUGCCUUUUCCUGGUAACGAUAAAAACGGAGAUGGAGUUAAAAAAGUUUUUACAAUAUUUUCCGCCGAGGCGAGUAUUCUUCAUGUAGCGAUGGGUCGCUCUAGUAAAUCUCUUGAGUCAACGCUGACGAUCGAACGAGUAGGGUACGAUAGAUCUGAUGAAAAGACACUUACAACUUUACAGUUUGGCAUUAAAAGUAAAACGAAAGCUGAAAAAAAUGAAAAAAAUAAUCAAGAAAAUGCCAAACAAAAACCUGAACCUCCAAUCCAAGAAAAUGUCCAAGCUGACCAAAAUGAAAACCAAUCGACCCGCGCCCCAAUGGCCACUGUUGACAUUCGCGCGGCAACUUUUAUGGACGUCGCGGUUCUGAGAUGUCUUUUUAUUUCUCAGUGGCAAGAGGAAGGGAUUUAUUGGGCCCUACAAUUUUUAUACAACCGACUACAAAAGAUAAAUGAAGAAACGUCGAUGCAACAAAUGCCCAGAAGACGAAGCAAUUCAUUGCCGAUACCUAAAAUCGAGGUAUCUAUUUAUCAAAGUCCCGAAAGCAAAAAGAAAGAAGACAAAGAAGUUAUCGAUAUGCCUGCGGAUGCACGGGAGCCUUCAACGAUGUCAGACUUGGCGACGAUCGCCGACCUCCCUUACAACACUACCAAUAAAAUUAACGAAGAGGGCAGCCAUAUUAGACGUGCAAGUGAGAAAACAAAGAAGCGCAUGAAGAUGGCUGACUUGAAGGCUUUUGUUGAAACUAAAUUACUAUCCAAGUCGGAGAAAAAUUUAGAGAAAAUUGGACAGGAUGAAUCUAAACAUGAAUUAGAAAAAGACCAAGAAUGUCAUCGAAGUCUCGAUACAGGGGACGAUCAUUUGACGAGACCAACUUCAACGGCUUCAAGAAUUUUUGACGCCCGGGACAUUGACCAGAUGCUUUACCCGUCAAAUUUAAUUAAAGGCAAAAGCAUGCCGAGCUUAAGCUGCUUGAUUAACGAGCUCACUGCUGGUGGAUAUACUGGAGACACAAAAGUCGAGAGGAAGCAAAGUAGAUUUUACAGCCAAUCUUGCGCGGCGCCCAAUCCGAUAAUUACUGUCACAGAACAUACGCCAACUCCGUCACCUGAUUAUUUAAAACGCCAGGGUUCAAUAGAUAGCCAGCUGGACUCGAUAAGCAUCCACGGGAGUAGAUUGAGUUCGGAACGCAAGCCAAGCCUGACUCGAUCUCAAACUGAUUCAAAUAUCACAUACUUGGGUGAUGACAUUCCAGAAGCGCCUGGAUCUGCGUAUUAUAUCACUAAAGAAGGCGAUAUUGAUUAUCAAAUCGUUUUAAAGGCUGUACAUUCGGUGGCCUUGAGAGACGGUACUUACUGCACUCCGCGUGUUUGUGAGAGUAUUUUGAACCUAGUGGAAUUGCUAAUGGAGAUGGGAGUUUUGAAAGAGUGCCUUGAAGAAGAAGCGAGCAAUGCUGGGUCAGGUCAAGAUGUCAAUGAGAAACCUGAACGUAAACACGAUUCUCCAGUAAACGAUCAAGAUCCUCGCAAUGAUCUUGAAGGACGGAAUUGGAAUGCCCAUGCGCUAAUGCUGAAUUGUGUCUUCCGCGUGAUAAAACAUCUGGGCUGCCCCCACGGGUGCGCGGAUGGAAUCCGGGGACCUCAAGCGGACUUUUGCCGUUCCCAAGUCUCCACUAUGCUGAGCAAGCUCUUUCAGGCAAGCUCAAGACAGUUUUCCCGAACUCUACGAUCGAUGAUCUCUAACCAGCCCAUCCCCGAUAUUCUUGAGCUGUUUCACUCCUACGUAGGCUUUUGCGUAGAACCCAGCUCGCUAUUGUCACCUCUCAAUCAAAAGAGAAACGUCAACAAAUCACCUGAAACGGCGAAUCAAACCAGUUACUCAACUAAUUUUGGUCUGGGAAGUGGAAUCCUUUCAAAUAAUACUGCAUCAGUAGCAGCAACAGCAUCUGCUCUAGCUUCUGCGACGGCAGCCUCAGCGACUGCAUCUUACGGCGGUCUCAAAUACGCAUCGCGUACAAUCGAAAGCAAAAUACUUGGUUGUAUUUUCAAAUCUCUUGUAACUCGAUUCGUUUCUAGUUCCCGCGAGUUCAAGUCCCAAGAAAAUAUUGCUAUUUACUGUGAUAUAAAACAAUUUAUAACUUACGUUAAAGAAAACCACGGAGGUGUUUUCCGACGUGUUGCUCUCAGUGGAAUUUUAGAUUCCUCGGACAAACCAAAUAAACGUUGUAAGUCUAGUAUCAUAACUACCCGCGUAAUUCGUCAUAUUCAUCAGUCAGAGUUCGAUGACGAUCUAGCUGACUGUCAUUAUAUUGACGAUCGAGGAACGAGAAAGGCGUUUAAAAAACGCAGCACCUCCUCUACAGGCGCGCUACAAAGCUUAUUAGAGACGGAGCUGAGUGAAGAAAACGUUAAAGUAAGUCAGAGUCCUUUAGGGAACCUGCGUAAGAAACAUCUAUUGACACCACGUCAGAGCGAGCGUAAUUUAGGAAUCGGCGAGACCUACGUCAAUAGAAAGAACCGCAAGUCUACCAGGUUCCAGUUUGGGGGGAUCGUUAACUGGUGCAGACGCGAAUAUGGAAGGACUGAUUCGACUGAUAGCCAUGACAGCAGCGAGUCGCCCAGCGAGGGCAACUUUAUCAGACAGUCGAGCUUUCAUCGCGGGCAUUGUCGCGUUACCAGACCAGGUCGCGGUGUUGGACAGACGUUACAACGUGCAAAACGUCGUGUAGAAAAUAAACUUAAUAAAAUAGGAUUUGGUAAAGGAAAAAAAAAUGAAAGUCUUGAAGAAGCUCCUCAUAAUUAUUUCAGCAGAAGAAAUUCAAUGGAUUUGGGAGACGCGUCGAGGGAAUCAGAGUUUGUUGUUUUGAAGGAAAGACGCUUGGUACCAUGUGAAGCUGUCUUUGAGGGAAUGAAACGAUUUUCAUUUUUACUAGAAACUUGUCAACCUGGUUCAGUACCUGAUCAUCAUUUAAUAGCAGCUAUUCUUGAUCUGCCUUAUGCGCCAGUUGUAGCGCGAGCGUCUCUGCUGCUGGAGUGUGCGCACUUAGUCCAUCAAUGCAACAAAGGCCACUGGCCAACUUGGAUGAAAAUAAACCUUCCGAUCUUCCGGCCAUCUAUUGCAAUGAGCACCAGGAAUGCUCCCAGUGGAUUAAGACGCACGCAUGUUCUCCAACGCGCUGCUGGUAAACUGUUUUAUCAGUGGGCAGAGGCAAUAAGCUCGAGACUCGAAGAAUUUAUGAACGAAGACAAGCAGAAUGUUGAUCAGAUCAUAGCCUUGGUUGCCGAUGAGUCAAAGCAACGGGACCUGGUGAUUGAAGACGAAGAAGAAGACUUUCUUGAUGAAGCAAGCAUAAAUUCGUAUGGGUCGCAGUGUCCAGUAGCCUUGCGCAUGGUCGCGUGUAUCCUGCUCCUCGAAAUCACGGCAUUUCUACGUGAAACCUAUCAGACUUUGCCAAAGUCAUCGCGAUUGUCAACAAAAGAGCGCCCAGCCCCGUGGGAAAGGAUGUACAGCCGAGAAGCUAAUCGUCGAUGGAGCAUGGCACUGUCGUCGAUGGGUCAUUCCCAGACGUCUGCCCAAAGUCUGCAGUCGAUAGCAGGCGACCGUGAGACUGCUGGUGAGUUGAGGGAGUUGAUCGAAAGAGGCUCAUGGAGUUACGCUAAUCCCAUCACCAAUAUAUAUCAUCAACCAUCUGACUCAAUCGCCCUCGACUUUCGAUCAGAGCGAAAAAUCAGCUUUGUCCUUCAUGAGCCUGACAACGAAUCGGAGGGUAGCAGUAAAUCAACUGUCACAAUACAGCCUGACGAUACCAUGACCCAACAACAGCAGCUCAUUAAUGACGCGAUGCUCAGUCGUAAUGCCGACAAGAAACGUGUUUCAGCAACACCAAGUGGUAGGCCAUUCUUACUACGGCGCGGUACUGCCGGAAAUACUGGAUCAUUCAAACGACGUAGUCUUAAAUUGCGUCGUAAUACUAAAGAGGGAAAAGACAUGGAGUGUGAGGCUUUUGUUCGAUCGAUAGAUGCAGUAAGACGAGCGGACUCGAUCCAGUCCAAAAGGAAAGUCAGCUCGCUGUCAGAUCGCAGUGACACAUCCGAACAAGGUUACGGUGGUGAGGUAAGCGGUGAGGAAUCUCCAGGAAUUUUAAGUGACGAUCAGCCACCUGAGAGCCCGAGUGACUCCAACGAUACUGAUGACACCAACAAAAACUUUCCCUGGAUGAAGGUUUUGGUCCAGUUUACUGGGACCUCUAAUUUCUUCUGCUCGCAUCAGAACUUCUGUCAUCCAUAUUGUCAUCGACGGCAGAUGCGCGCCUGCGCACGGCUCAUUAAAUCUGUGAGAAAAGUUUAUGGAGAGGAGUUUGGAAUAAUUAAUGAGGCAUCGACUUUUGAUUUUGAUGGGGAUGCUAAGAAGGAUGGAGCUGACGGAAAGAAAGACAAGAGGAUGAGGAAAGUUUCUGAUCAGACCAGCGCUCAAGUGUCGCCUGUCAGAAGAAAAGAUAGUGUAGGUCGUAAAUUCAAAAUUGAUAAAAAUUCAGAUGGAUCGCAAUCAGGACGUCUGACCGGAUUAAUAAGAGACUCAUCCAAAGACUUAGCAGACCAAGACUCUGAACGUGGAGGUUUAUCAUCUCGAAAGUUUACCGAGGAUAACAAUGAAGAGGAAAAAGAGCCUCCGGUGAUACUAAAAUACAUAAAGACUCAAGUUAAAGAAGCUUUUCACGCGCCAAUAGCGACUCUAGUAAAAGGCGCAGUGGUAAUGUCCGAAGAUCUAUUUGUCGACGUGCUACCGGUUGCUUGGGAGUUACUUCUGGAAGCCAACCAAGAGGUCGCUGCAUCCGCGGCGUCUUUGUUCAUCAUCGCGGCAGUCCGGGCGCCAAAUCAAGCCAGCGAGCUUAUGCACCACGGCCUCCAGCAUUCUAACUCCGCCAUUCGCAUCAACGCUAUUCUAAAAUUUCAAGUUUUGUGGAAAUUGCGAUAUCAAGUCUGGCCUAGAAUGGAAGAAGCAGCUCACGUUACUUUCAAAGUUCCCCCUCCGGGUAUUGAGUUCACUUUGCCUUCACCAAAAAUUGGUAUAGAAUCACUUCCGGUGGUUGAUCCGCCUUGGAUGCCUCAGGUUAAAACAAAAGUAGAAGAAGUAACUAUAAAUCAAGAGCGUCAUCGAUCAUUAGUGACAGCUACUAAGACUAGAAAAAAACAACAAACAGAGUUGAUAAAGAAGGCAUUACAGGCACAGGAUGAUAAGAAGCGCGAGGAACGAGAGAAUUUUUUGAUUACGACAAUACCGAUCACAGUCCAGGCUGCGUACGAACCCAGUCCCGUUGGUGACGAUCACGACGAAGGCAAUGCUGACGACGACGCCGCUGAGACUCAGCCCCGGAACAUGACUCACCAUGGGCAGUCAGCACUUUCACUCUUCCCUUCCUCGCUUUGCUCCGCGAUCGUCCAGAUCAUCAACUUGCUCGACGACGCCGCGGUCUCCGAUGACGGAAACGCCGUCUACGAGGUCGCCUACCAGGUCAUCUGGAGUUGUCUCGUCGAGGACAGCGCUCUCUUUCUUCGUUACGUCUUGGAACGGCUCACCCGUGAGAAACAAGAGCUUAUGUUCAAAAUACUCCGUCACUUGAUACGAUUCGUUCCAAGGCUUCCUCAGCAAGCGGCAUUUGCUCUCUACAAUUACAUUAUAGGUUAUGUAAUGUUCUACGUAAGGUCGCCGCAUGAGGAAGGCCAGAAGCAUAUCGGAACUGCUCUGUCGAUACUCUGGAUGGUCGUUCAUAGUGUACACGGAAUAAUGUUUAAAGACUUGAAACAAAUAUUAAGAAAAGAACAGUGCGACGCAUCGAUAUUACUCACAGCUAAUGUUCCCUCCGCGAAGAAGAUUAUUGUACAUGGUCCUCAAGAUCCUGACGCUGGUGGUAUUCCUUCGCAGUUUCCUGUUCAGGAAGACACUCAGUUUUGUCAGAUUCUACGGGAGUCAUUGGAUUUCUUCGGGAUCGAGGAACAUAAGCACAAAGAAUAUUUUCUAGUUGACUACAAAACUCACCAAAUUCACAACCCGUCGUCUUAUGUCAGAGAUUAUUAUUUUUUCAAGAGAUCUCAGUAUCCGCAACUGGAACUGAUUCACAUGAAACCUGAAGACGCUUUCAAUGCCUUGCAGCGACAAGAACUCGUUCACAAAUUUGUUGAAAUAGGAAAAGUUUUAUUGACUUGGGCCAUUUUGAAAAAUGUUGAUAUGGUGGUUCAAAGAGUUGUUUUUCUGCACGAGGAACUUAUGAAGCUUCCGGCGUUUCCUCGUAAAGCUUUAGAAGCUGACUUGGAUCUUUAUAAAGGCGGAGAAAUUGGCAGAGAACUGCUUGGACUAGAUGUGAUGCACAAAUUUAUGUGGGUGAGAUUGAUAGCCCGGAUGUUUGAAGCUAUGGCAGGUAAUUUCGCGUACUCGGGAGACAUCCACUUGUUCCUGAAUGUCCUCAACGGUGCAAUAAUUCUACACAGCGAGGACUCGUGUAUUUUGCGCUACGUAGUCGCGACUUAUAUAAACGCGGCUCACAAUUUCAAAAAUAUAUUCUCGACAAAUGGUUAUUUGCUGAUAAUGCCGACACUUUUGCAGCUAUACUCUACUCAUCAAACAAACAAGCUUGUUACGACAACUGUCGAGUACGCGGUAAAACAGUUUUAUCUGAUGAACCGGAAGCCAUUUAUCUUGCAAAUGUUUGGAAGUGUUUCAACGAUUCUAGACACUGAUGAGACCAGCACUCAUGGAGAUGCCCACAAAGUACCUUCUAUAUGUUUGUUUAAUUUGUUGAUGAGUUUGGAAACGCCCUCACCUGAUCCGCUCAACAUUGGGGAACUUGUUAAAGAAGAAAAACCUCUUAAAGCUAUUGAUUUUUGUUAUCACGAUGAAACUGAAAUGGUUUCUGUGCUAGAUUGUAUUUCGCUUUGUGUUAUGGUAAUUGCUUAUGCUGCUGACUCUAUUCGCGGGCAACAGAUGCUGACUAUUUUGGAAGCCAUAUUGCCAUGUUACGUUCAGCAAAUCCAAUUGCCAACGUACAACCGCGAAGGAAAAACGGAAAAGGAAAUAAUAAACCAAUUGGCGAUAGCGGUUAAGACUUUGGUAAAUAAUUCCGAAGCUUUGACAAAAUACUAUAAUGGUCCGCAGAAAUCUAGUCCUGAGCACAAAGGAUCGAGUCAGAGGAACUACGGCAAAGGCCCUUACUCACCUGGGUUCGAGUACGAGGAUGAAACGCACACUACCAAGUACUUGGAACAUACCAAAGUUAGGACUUUUUACGAGCGAGAUAACGAUGACGCGGAGAGCUCACACAAAAAUGAAUUCCGAAGGCCUAGGGAUACUUUGUUGAAUAUUGUGGGAGAUUUUGUUGCAAGAACUUCUGUGAGACUUGCUGAGCUGAAUAAAAAAUCACAGGACGGCAAAACUAUUGAGUUAUUGGACUCAAAGUGUCACGUGCGACUGGCUGAUGUUGCACACAGUUUACUGAAGAUGGCGCCCUAUGACUCUGAAACAAUGGGUUGUCGGGGUCUGAGACGUUACAUGAACGAUGUGCUGCCAUCUACCGAGUGGUCGAAUGACGAUAUGAGACCCGCACUGACAAUAAUCCUGCGACGUCUCGAUAAAACUUUCAGUAAAAUUUACAAAAAAGCAUCAGUGCGUCGCAAUACCGACUGGGAGGCGGCCAGCUAUUUACUGAAAGGAAUCUACGAGACUCUGUCCCGCUAUCCCUAUAUUGCGCACUUUCAGUACUUCAAAACUCUUCUCAGUACUUGCCAAGCAUUGAUAGUCGGUGACACAGGCCUAGUAGAAGUAACUUCCGGUGCCUCAGCAGCUCUGAUGAGCAAAAUACCACCCCAGCAUUUCUGUUCCACUGUACUGAGACUCAUUGCCUUGCAUGUGAUCUCUCUAGGCGAAGGAUACUCGCUGGAGAACGUUUGUGGAGGCUCAACAAUGUUCGCUUCUCAAACGCGGACCGAAAACAUGCUUCUCAAUUUACUGAUUCCUCUAUUUCUGCGCGUUGGUACUGGGCGCAAAGAUGUUCCUAAAUUGAGGCCAGCGGAUUUGAGCUUCGCUUUAAUAGCUGUCCUUAAUACUCUGUGGCCAACCGGAACCAAAACGAUGCCCAUGGCUAUGCAGAAUUUGAAAGCUACCACAGAUAUGAGAGCCGGAAGUCUUACUUUCGCUGCUCGAGACACUAAAGUUUCUAUGAAACUCUCAAUGUCUCUCUAUCAAGUCGCUUUUUUAGCACUGAAAAUAAUGAUCAUCUGCUUUGAGACCGAAUUAAAAACAGAGUGGACCAAAAUACUCCGCACAAUGAGACUUCUCAACAAACGUAACGAAGCUUCAAUUCACUUGUGGAAUUUCCUGGAGUUUGUAGUCACCCACCGGACUGCUCUCUAUAUCCAAAUGUUGCCUUUUAUUGUUCACAAAAUAGGCCAGCCACCGAUUUCCGAACAUGAACGUAAUAUGCAAACAAUAAUACGCGGAAAAAUAAAUGGAGAUACAUUGGCAUAUCCAAAAUCACGAGGAACGCUGCUUGGUGAUUUGCUUCAUGAGCUUCGGGAUUUAAAGGAAGAAAUUGAAGAUCGUAAAUUUGAUGAAAUGCAACCAGAACCUAAACGAAGUGUAGUAGACAUGCAUCCAGGAGCACCCAAUGCCGAUGGUCAGCCACGAACUCAACGGCCAUCUUUGUUGAACGAUUUAUGGAGCGGAGAAUUGGGCUCUAAAGCUCACAUCAGUCGGACACCUGCAGAGACACCUGGGUCCCAUUCAACGACGCUGCAUUCACUGCCGCACUCGGUUCCGCAGUCGCUGAACUCGGGCAGCGCGAGGUCAUCGAUGCCUAGUCAGGGAUCAGCUCCAAAUGGCGCCACUAGAGCCAUGAGAAGAAACAUUGAUGGGGUUGUCACGUUGACUGCUCCGUAUCUCAAAUUGUCGGUCCUAGGAUCGGUAUCGAGUGCCGGAUCAUCAACUCUCAAAGAUGCUGCCCCUGAGAAUGGGAUUCAGGUUAAGUCUGAUGAUAAUCAACCUAGCGAGCCAACAGGAGAAGUUGUGACGAGUCAGUUGAGUCCAAACAGUCCGAUAGACGACAGUUCAGGGGAGUCCCGACAAGACAAGCCACGAUUACAACGUUCGAUGGGCCAAAGCAAAAAGACUUUUCGGUUAAGAAAAAGUCGACGGACUCAUAUUGAGAUUCCACACUUGAAACUAGAACAAGAAACCCAACCAGUAGUGCCAACAUCCCAAACGCCGCCAGCGUCAGUGGAACAGAAAUCUAGUUUGUUAGUCACUGAACCGCGUACGCGCCGAAGUUACUCGAUGCGUCCCGGCGACCUGGAACGUCUUCCUACGAUGAAUUUGACUCCUGCUCCAGCACUCCAACAGAAUCUGCUGCAUCCAGCUUCUGAUGUCUCCUAUGACGAAGACACAUCCAGCACAUCCGGUUACCGCGAGUCCUAUAGCAUACAGUUGGUAACCAUAGAAGGCCGCGAAGCCCAUCCACCCCCUCUGGCCUCUCCCGACCUCAACGAUCCCUCUACCAGUAGUACUACUACCAAUUGCAUGGCCUUUGAUGGCAGCUCCCCUGACUGCUCAUUGAAUGGCAACAGCGCCAGUGGUGGAGAAAAAACGGCCCUUCUUAAUUCCCAGCAGCGCACUGCGUCACAGCAAUCUCUGCUGAUGGUUUUCCAACCUCAAGACGAAGACACGUUGAUUUAACAACCGGCUUUGGUUUUUAAUUAUAAUAGUAAAGUGAUUCCAAGAAUUGUUAUUAUUGUAAAGUGAUAUAGUUGUAGUUUCUUAAAUUAAAUUUAGAUAUUUAUACGAUUUCGGUAGCUAUUUGGCUGUUUUUAAGGCCUAAUUUGUA